AUGGACCACAUUGUCAAUAUGAUCAAGAACUUCUUCGGCAACUUGCCGACUUUCGGCCCGGCUAUCGAGAACGUUCUCAAGAAGUUGCCAGUUUUCGGUCCGAUCUUCCGUAACCUCUUCAAUGGCUUCUCUGGCAACCGUGUCGCCAAGGUCACUUUCCUGUGGAAGCUCUACCACCAGUUGGUCGGCGAUUACCAGACCAAGCUGAAGGUUCUUCACGAGCGACACGGCCCUAUCGUGCAGGUUGCGCCAGGCGAGUUCUCGGUCAGCGGCAAGGAGGGCAGUCUGCGCUUCAUCGGCCGCUUGCCUGCUUCCACUCAAGGUCUUCUCAACCCACCAGCUAUCAAGGUCCUUCAAGACGCCUGCAAAAUGCAGAACCUCUUCGACCGCGAGCGUGUCAUCGACGGCCGCAACCAGGCGCUGCAACAGCACUUUGUCAAUGCCGCCAACGACCAGCGACAGAUUGACCUCACCAAGCUUUUCGCCCGUUACGCCUACGAUUUGGUCAUUACUACCACCACCGGCAAGCCAGCUGGCUUCCUCGACAUCAACGCCGACCCAGCCAAGAUCGACAGCGCCAUCAAGAACUGGAAGUUUGACGCCAUCAUCGUCGGCUCGUACUUGCGCUACAACAAAUACAUCAAGCCAAAACGUGAGAAUCGCCUCUUCAGCAGCGUCUCCGAGGCAUCUACCGCUACCACUGACGAGAAGCUGGCCGCUACCCACGAUACCGAUGGUAUCUCUCCUCUACAUGAAAUCAAGCCGUCCAGUCUCAUCAACGCCAGUGACCAUGAGGCAAUGACCGUUCUCGCGCUGGCCGCCGCCGACCCAGCUAUCAUCCUCGUCACCAAGGCUCUCUCCUAUGUCUACAACAACCAUGACAUUCUCCACAGUCUCCGUGCCGAGUUCAAGGCUUCCGGCAUCUCGCACGUACCAACCUUCAAGGAGCUGAUUCUCAACAAGUCGCGCUUGCCAUUGUUACAUGCCGUCCUUCUCGAGUGCAUCCGCCUUCAUCCUAUCUACAUCUCAGGUCUCAGCUACAUCGCGCCAGAUGACGGAUUUCGCGCCAAUGGCCUAGAGAUUCCUGCUGGUAACCUGAUCACUCCUACCUGCGUCGUCGAGCACGUGAAUCCAGAAGCUUUUGGCAAUUCCGGCGUUUGGGACCCAGCUCGUUGGCUCAACGGCGCCACAGCAGAGCUCAAACGACUACUUCCCGCUUUCAACCUUGACAACGGCCGUGGCGCCAACCCAGAUACUGUCGCCGAGUUCCACUCUCUCAUCGCCAGCAAAAUCAUCAUUCAAGUCGUCACCAACUUCGACAUUGCCGGCGACAGCCUCAAGACUGCCAAGAUCGCCGUUGCCGAUGGUGCGCAGAACGCUGCCUCCAUCACCGAGGCAUCGAAUGACCGCGUCGGCCAGACUACACCUGCUACUCUCGGUGCCAUGGAUCGUCUUGAGCAAUACCUCGGCGCCGAUGGUGUACGUCUGCUGCUGACUCGCUUCAACCCAGACGCCACAGGCCGUGGUUCCUGGGGCAGAGAGCCGCUUCGUGUCGGCCCACUCGGGACCAGAGAUGACUUCUACGACCUCCUGAGAUCUGUCAAGUCCAUCUACGGUGGCCGUCUCUCCCUCGACCAGGCCCCAGACAAGACCGUCGUCAUCGGCACCAAAGCGAUGAUCGAAUACACCAAGAACAAGGCAAAGACGACGACGACGCGCCCUGUCUCGCAGCCAAUCAAGAAGCAAGAGAGCGUCCCUGCUGCUGGCAAGCGCCUUGUUGUCGGUGCUUGGGGUGAGUUCGCGGUGAAAGAGCACGAGCGCCAGGAAGGCUUCAAGACGAAGGAGAGCUGGGAGGCGCAGAAGAAGCAGAACGAGGAGGCCGCACAGGAGGCGAAGGCAAGCCCGCCUGCCCAGGCUCCGCAAUUCAAGGCGACCUGGAAGCAGACGGGCAUCGGCGCCAAUGGCAAGCGCAAGGUCGUCAGCACGCAGACGACCUUGGAGCCUUCCGCUUCGCCUGCUCCUGUUGCGGCCCCUCGCACGCUGCCACCACAUCUGCGGAAGGCAGCGGCCGGUCCGGCCAAUUAG